CCUCUGACGACGCUCUUUCAUCGACUGCGCUCCCUCCCAUCGGCCUACAGCGCGGAUUCCAUCGAUUGGCAUCGCGACCGAGCCAUUGCGACCUUGUUGGGUGACGUAAAAGGGGUCACCACGCCCGGCUGGGCUGCUCAGGGACGUCAUGGACCGCCGUAACAGCACCACCGACGACCAGGAACCGCGCCCGACCGGCAACCCGAAUGUCUUCGACGAUGAAUAUGCCCUAGAUCCGGCAGAAGAAGACUACAUGCCCGGCGUGUCGGAUGGCUUCCGGCCCACCAACAACGGAAUCAGCGGCGACAGACACGACCACGACCGAGAACGAGAACGAGAGCCAUCCCCAGCUCGGCCAUCAUUCGCAGCGCAGCACUCGACAGACGGUGACCUGCGAAGGUUUGCAUCGCGGAACAGCACAGCUAAAGUGCCAUGUGCGCGCGAAUCCAUAUCGCACGACAUUAGACAUGCCGGCACACACACCCGAGGCGUUGGCUCGCAGGCGACACCGCUACAACAUCACACCUCCAUCAGCUCCACCGGCUCUUUUGCUACAAUGGCACGCUCUGAAAGCCCGUUUGGAACUGGCCCCAGCCAUCCUUAUGGCAUGUACCCGCAGAACACCAUGGCACGGUCCUCAAGCGUGACCACCUCCUCAACACAACCACAGCCACAUCGAUCAGUAUCGUUACAACGUCCCACCCAUCCUUACGGCAUGUAUCCGCAAAACGUGGUAGAGGAUCAAGUGGAGGCCCCAGUUCCGCCAGUGCCCGCCGCAAUCCCUGUCGGAUUUCCAGGGCUCAACACAGGGUUCCACCGACAGAUAGGACCAGAUGGUGAGGAACAAGACAUUAUAGGGCCAGAUGGACAUACCGAACAACUACCCCCGUACUCUAGAUAUCCGGAAGAAGGCCCCACAAAGGCAGCGUUAGCCGCUGAGGCGAGCUCCACACCCGUUGAAACAGUGCCCGCUCCACUGUCCACGUCUAACGACGCCCUGGUAUCUCCCGUCGAGCACCAAGCACAGCCGCAAGAGGAACCACCAAGAGAGCCACCAGCUACGAGAGAACCGCAGACCUCGGAACAAGGAGCAUCGGAGAAACAGGAGCAUGAGAAAGCCCCGAAAGGCUGGACCUCCAGGAAGCUAUGGGGAAAGGUUCCCCUUGGAGUUGCCCUUGUUCUUCUUGUUCUGGUUCUAGUCUUUGCCAUCAUAUUAGGGGCAGCAAUUGGUACCUUUGUAGCCAAAAAUAAGAAAGAUGAUCACGGCAACAAUAAGCAUAAAGACAAGGACAACCCGUCUCCUCAGGUCACGGGCCCUUCUGGCUCAAUGUUCGACGCAUACACCAUCCCAGUUCCUUCAUCACUUCCUCCACUACCAACUGGAGCUUUUGCCCUGCCUUUAGGUGUAGCACAAGAAGCAAGUCCAGGGUGUCUUCCUAUGGCGAACCAGCUCUCAGCCUGGUCGUGCAAAAUGACCUUCGUGCCGCUCCUUCUAAACAUGAGUUAUCUGCCACCAAGCCCUACCGUUUCCAGCGGUACACAACCCCAACCAGUAGCGACCAUGCAGCCUUACACCAAGCCUGAUGGAGGCAUUCAAUGGGGCGUCCAACCGCCAUCCAUUCCGUCGCAAGCACUUUCACUCGUCAUGGACAAUGACUACAAAGCCUAUGGACCUGCAUAUCAUUUCCAGACACGUUAUGACAAGAUUGUCGUCUUAAGCCCUGAGGAGUUCUCAGCAGGUGCGUCGCUUCGCAAGCGCAACCAAGGACCGAAAGGCGGCGACGGUGAUAACAAGGCCCCAUUCCGACAUCGCUUCCAAGUCAUGCCUGGAGAGACGCCCUGGUAUUGUGUAUGGAAUCAGACCUUCAUUGAAAUGUACAUCUACGUAACGGACAACUCUACCGCGGCCACAUUCACAGCCUUCCCAUCUGUCUGGCCAUCCAAUAACCCCUUCCAGUCUUCAAUACCCACAGAAGCCACUUCAACGCCCACAUCGCUCGGAGGUAGUGCUGCGCCAUCCACAACUUUUGGAAGUGUAACGGCCCCGAACACUCCGUCGCCAACACCUCUCCACCGACGUGGCGAUAGCGAUUAUCCCCAUCUACUUCCUUAUCCGCGAAUCGUUAAAAUAGAAGAACGGCGCCUACCAGGAGCACCUCAACCCUACUGCCAAAAAAUGAGAUUACUUGACAAUGGAGCCGUUGUUCCAGAAAUGAACGGCUCAGGCGCUCCUAUCAAAGUGCUCAUCCAAGAGGAUGAUCCUAGCCUAGAGGAGUUCUUGCUUUCUGCAGGAGGCCCACCGCCGAAUCCAUCCGCCACUUCAAAUACGCCGAACAACAAUUCAAACCGCCGACGAGAUUUGGCGAAGCGCAGGGAUCCCGCAGGUGCUUGCCACUGCCAGUGGAUGUUCCAGUAAGAAAAUUUGCAUGUGCGGAUCUCGCUUUUGACUGCAUUAUAACGGAUUGGGUUCGGGUUAUGGGCAAUAUCAUGGAACGACAGUAUUGUAUGUAUCGGGACGGGUUACUCGGCACAUUUGGUGUUCUUGGUGUUG